CCAAAAUGAACACAAGUUUAAAUCAUACUAAGGUAACCAAGUAGAAUAAGCUUAAUACAAUGAAAAUGAAGAUAAAUUUGAUCUUAUAUAUAAUAUCAUUCCAAUCAGAUCUACAUGAUUCUUUAUAAGAUCUACCUGAAUGAUAGUGUGCAUAAGAAAUGGCAGAGUAGCAUUGAAUAAUAUUUGUAUGCAUGUAAUACUUUUUCUUUUGUGGAGUAUUACAAUCAUAGAGUGUAAUAUACAAAAUUAGUAAUUCUUAAUGAUAACCAGUACAAACACUUAUAAUCACGACUGGAUCAAAAUUGAAAACAGAUAACUCAUUCAAAUGUAUUGUAUUGAAAUUAGAAUUGCAUAAUUACGUAUAUACAAAAUAUUUAUUAUUUUAUAAAAACAUUAUAGUUUGUCAAUAGUAUGAAAUGUGUGUUUACUUAAAGAAAUAGUUGAUUAUUUUUAUAAUCAGAAAUGGGGUUUUGUGGAUAUUAUAGUAAUUUAAUAGUUACAUUCAUGAGUCAAUUGAAGCUAGACCACUAUGGAAAACAUGGAAGCACUGAACGACCGUUCCGUCCUAGUAUGGGACCCAUCAGCAGUGCGCAUCCACGAUCCCGAGCACAGACGCUCGACCUCUAGACCACUGAGCCGGCAUCCAUCGGUGUUAAUGUCUAACUUCAACUAAUCCACGAGAUUGCGCCACUGUCCACCAUUGUCUUCAGUGAGUUGACUAUUUCACAACAGACCCGGUUGAACUGCUCUGAUCACUACUUAUCACUAGAAUUCCAGGAAAUACCUCUUGAAGACCGUCACUAGUGAGCAUAUGAUGAUUAUAAUCAAAAAAGAGUUUUGUGGAUAUUAUAGUAACUUCAUAGUUGAAUUCAUGAAUCCAUUGAAGCUAGACCACCAUGGAGAACCUGAAAGCACUGAACGACCGUUUCGUCCUAUUAGUGGUCUAGCUUCAAUUGACUCAUAAAUUCAACUUAUUGAAUCUACUAUUUUUUUCUCAUUAACAAUCUACCGAAUACUCAAAUUCUUAUAAAACAAAAUCGUCUUUAUUAUUGAUUUAAUAAAAGAACAUAAAGGCACUUAAAAUCAAUUCAUUGUCUCACAUUCUAUCUAAUAAGACCUUAAAAGGAAAACAAGAACAUCCUAACAACUAAUUUAUUUAUGAUCGUAAAACAAAAGUCUUUUUUAAAACAAAUUUAUACCGUAAUUACAAUUAAAGUACAUCACUUAAAUAUGAUUCAAUAAUAACCACACACACACACACACACAUACACACACAUACAAUUGAAGUAACUCUAUUGGACAUUAUCCGUACAAGAUUGAUGUUGUCCAGGUGAUUAUUACUAUUCAAAUGAUCUAAUAUAAACAAAACAAAUGAAGUCAAUAAUAAUAACAAUCAUCAUAUCCUAUUUGAUAUUACACAUAAUAGAAUGUAUAUUGAUCCAGUGAAUUAUUUAGAAAAUUUCAUUCAUUCCCUUAGUGAUAAUAAUAAUAAUAAUACUGAUAAAUUGGAAUUGAAUAAAUUACUUCAAGCAUUGAAAUGUCGUCUAGAAGAUUAUCAACGAAUCUAUCAAUCUAAUCAUCAUCCAUAUUCUAAUUUAUCUCAUCUAUGGUUAUUAAUAACCGAUUUAAAUUUAUCUAAUAUUCAAUUAAAAUUAAUACCAAAUGAAAAUAUAUUUGGUUAUUUAUUAAAUUUAAAACGUCUAUGGUUACAUAAUAAUCAAUUAAUGAAUUUAAAUAAUUGUUUAAUUAAAUGUAAUAAAUUAAUAGAAUUAAGAUUAAAUUCAAAUCAAUUACAUAAUACCUGUGGACAAUUAUAUCAAUUACAUUGUCUUGAAAUAUUAGAUUUAUCAAAUAAUCAUUUAGAUAAUAUAAUG